GGAAAAAAAGAAAGGGCUGCACAUACACGUCACUGGGGGAAGCUGAACACACUGGGCAAUGUUUAAAUCGCACAAUUAUUUAUUCACCCCUGUUCCCGUUUAUGACCACGGAGCCUUCACAGCUCGAAGUGCGACUUCCUCUUUGUGCUCGGUGUGAGGCGCAUGUCGUCACCCUCACCGCCCGCAGGGGAGCGCUGACAUUGUCACACCGCCGCUGAACUUCCCGUCAAGAAGACGCGGCACGGGCGAAAAGAGCUGCUUGUUGAGAGAGAGAGAGAGAAAAAAGGGGAACGACAGUGGGACUUGUCAAGAAGAGAGGACACACUUAAGUCCUCAAGGCGUCUGUUCACAGAAAGGCUGCCAUUGUCCUCCAGCCGAUGGCGAGCAGAGGCGGUUCUGCUAAUUAGCCUGCGUUGGUCCCUGCAGAAAGGGAAAGGAGAGCGGGGCUGCUAGCUGCAACGACAGGGUUUAAGGGGGCCGUUGUACACAUUUCAUCCACAAUCUGGACAUUUCUCCUGUUAGCUGGUUUUAUUCCUAAUGAUGGGCUCCUUCAGCGGAUAGUACCCUCCCACCCUUCCGUUUAACCCCACCGUCGCACCCUGGCUCGGAUUCGCCCCUCGGGCGCUGUCCUCGCAGGGGGGUAACGGGUUCACCAUCGCCCGGUAGAGCUAACUACAGGCGGCGGUUCGGUCUCCGUGACCCUUGGCCGCCCUGCCUCGCCACUCUGCCCCCUAACCGAGUCGGGACAUGGCAGGGAACCUGAAGAAAGGUGGGGGGAUCAUCGGAAUGAUGAAGGAUGCCUUCCAGCCACACCAUCACCACCUCCACUCCCACCACCAGCCCGGGGCCGUCGACAAGAAAACCGUGGAGAAAUGCUGGAAACUGAUGGACAAGGUGGUGCGGCUGUGCCAAAACCCCAAACUGGCUCUGAAGAACAGCCCCCCUUACAUCCUCGACCUGCUGCCAGACACCUACCAGCACCUGCGCACCAUCCUGUCUCGCUAUGAGGGCAAAAUGGAGACUCUGGGAGACAACGAGUUCUUCCGGGUCUUCAUGGAGAACCUGACCAAGAAGACCAAGCAGACCAUCAGCUUGUUCAAGGAAGGCAAGGAGCGCAUGUAUGAGGAGAAUUCGCAACCCAGACGAAACCUCACCAAGCUGUCGUUGAUCUUCAGUCACAUGCUGGCUGAGCUGAAAGCCAUCUUCCCCAAUGGCCUGUUUCAAGGUGACAACUUCCGCAUUACCAAAGCUGAUGCUGCAGAGUUCUGGAGGCGCGCCUUCGGGGACAAAACCAUUGUGCCUUGGAAGGUGUUCCGUCAGUCUCUCCAUGAGUUUCAUAACAUCAGCUCUGGUCUGGAGGCCAUGGCUCUCAAAUCCACCAUAGAUCUUACCUGCAAUGAUUAUAUCUCAGUGUUUGAGUUCGACAUCUUCACUCGGCUAUUCCAGCCUUGGUCAUCCCUGCUGCGAAACUGGAACAGCUUGGCUGUUACUCACCCAGGGUACAUGGCCUUCCUCACAUAUGAUGAGGUCAAAGCUCGGCUUCAGAAAUUCAUCCACAAGCCUGGCAGUUAUAUCUUCCGACUGAGUUGCACUCGACUGGGCCAGUGGGCCAUCGGUUACGUGACAGCCGAUGGGAAUAUUCUCCAAACCAUUCCCCAUAAUAAGCCUCUCUUCCAGGCCCUCAUUGAUGGUUUCAGAGAAGGCUUCUAUUUAUUCCCCGAUGGCCGGACUCAGAACCCCGACCUGACGGGUCUGUGUGAGCCUUCACCUCAAGACCACAUUAAAGUCACACAGGAGCAAUAUGAGCUGUACUGUGAGAUGGGCUCCACUUUCCAGCUCUGUAAAAUCUGUGCGGAGAAUGACAAAGAUGUGAAGAUCGAGCCCUGUGGUCAUCUCAUGUGCACCUCCUGUCUCACCGCCUGGCAGGAGUCGGAGGGUCAGGGAACGGGAUGCCCCUUCUGUCGGUGUGAGAUUAAAGGUACAGAGCCGAUUGUCGUAGAUCCUUUUGACCCCAAGGACAACAGCGGGGGCUCAAGUCGGGCCGCCAUGGGAGCCGAGGGAGCUCCAUCGCCAAGCUAUGACGACGACGACGACGACAGACUUGAAGACCCCCACCUGGUAAUGAGCAAACUUGCUGGCACAAAGGUGGACCGCCCCCCGUCACCCAUGUCCAUGCCCCCUCAGUCAUCUCUUCCCCCAGUGCCUCCCAGGCUUGAUUUGUUACCACACAGACCUCCAAACCCCCCUGGUGCCUCCAGUCCAGGGGCCACCAGUAAGGCAGCAUCACAUCACAAAGACAAGCCUCUUCCACUUCCCCCUUCACUGCGGGAUCUUCCCCCACCCCCUCCUCCAGACAGACCUCACCCAGGCGGGGCGGCUCCAGAAGCUCGGCAUCCAAGACGGCCCCUACCGUGCACUCCAGGGGAGCCCCUUCGAGAUAAGCUCCCUCCCACUCCCCCGAACCGUCCUUUGGCUGACUGGAACUCCAGACCCGUUCCCAAAGCUCCAACCCCCUCUUCUUCAUCAUCUUCACCAUCCUCCUCAUCCACCCACGUGCCCAGCCUGGGGGUCGACCUCAGAGCAGGUGUCAGGGAGCUCUCCAACAGACACUCCCUCCCCUUGGCGCUGCCUUCUGCGCUGGACAACCGCGCGGACUCUCAGAAGAACAACAGCUCCCUCAGUCUGGACCACCAGCUGAGUUUAGCUGCAAUAGUUUCUCAAGAUUAUGACAACCCCAAAGUGAAACCAUCAUCCUCGGCCAAUGCCAUCUACGCCCUGGCAAACAGACCGUCUCCAGGUUUGAGGCAAGUGCCCGGAGAGGAGGCGUGUGACAGCGAGGAAGACUCUGAGUACAUGAUCCCUUCAUCUCGCCCCAUUGCCGCCCCAUCAGUACCAGACACCCUACAAGUCCAAAGGCCCCCACAGCCUCAGCCUCUGACUGCUCUGCAGGCACAGACUCAAGCCCCUGCAGUCAAUUCGCGUCUCACACUAGGUGCAGAGGAUGGGCCGAUAUCGCAUGAAGCCAUGUACAGCGUCCAGCCGAGGUCACAACAAGCCAGAGAUUCAGAUUACUCAGAGCUGCCUCCCCUGCCGGUCACCAACGGGCCCAGAGACCACGCAGCAGACGACAGAGAGGAAGAGGAUAACGGCUACGACUUCCCAAAGCCCCGGCUACCACAGCCCCCUGCUCGGCGGACCUUUUCAGAAAUGGGGGGGUCUCUAUCUACAUCUUCAUCCUCCUCAUCGUCAUGCUCGUCAUCUGUGGCAGCCUUUAGCCGCCUUUCCCUAGAUUCAGAUUUUGGAGCUACGGCAUCUGCUUUAGAGCCAGCAGAAGCACCGGAGAGACCUCCAAAGCCGCUGCCCAGACGGAUCAACUCGGAGCGCCGCCACAGCCCCGUCCCGCCUGUGCCCGCUCCGCCCAACGGCGGCGCAGCGGGCGGGGAGGCCAGCCCCCUGAUCAGCAGUGAGAUCGAGCACCUUAUGAGUCAGGGCUACUCCUACCAGGACAUCCAGAAAGCUCUGAUGAUUGCACAGAACAAUAUAGAAAUGGCCAAGAACAUCCUGCGUGAGUUCGUCGCUGUUCCCUCCACCGCCCACAUUUUUACAUAGCAGAUUGUGGCGCCCACGAAUCGCGGUUUGCUCUCUUUGCCCUAGCUUGGCUCAGCCUGGUUUGGUUUUGGUCGCCGCAGACCGACCUUAAAAGCCUACUGCCUCCAGGACUACGUAAAGUGCUGCCUGACACCCUACGUCCCCCUGCCCCUCCCACCGAACCCUCCUGUGGUUUCUGUCCUGGCUGUUACUCAGCAAGCUUACAGUAUCUGCAGGAAUCUGCGCCAGGCACUCCAUGUGCUUUCAAAAGUCUCAUGCUCUUUUUUUUUUUCUUCGAGUGUUUGGUUUCAGGAGCAUCUCCUCAGGACCGCCCAAACGCGGCGACCCGAGACUUUCAUAGGAAUCUGCGGAAGACAAACUCUCAUCUUCCAUGUUGAAGCCUCUCGCUGAAAAUAUAAUCAACACCUCACAAGGAAAACUAAAAGUGUAUGUCUAUAUGAGAAUUUAAUAUAUAAGUAAGUAUAUAUUAAAUGUGUGUAAUAUAUACAGUACGUGCAUAAAUAAUAUGUGAAAAUGGUUCAGUUUGGAGGGUUGCUCUUGGUACCACUGCAGAGGGUGGGGGGGGGACAGGAGUCGGAUUACGGGAAGACAGGAAGGAAGAGGAAGGACGAAUCGGGCGUCUUCCUCACCAGGAUGCGUUAGUCAGCAGAACCUUGGAAAACGUGCAGCAGAGCUUUUCAUCUUGACUUUAGUCGGAUACGGCCUUUAAUUAACAUUGCUUUGGGUACUUCUUUUUUUUUAACAUAAAAAAAAUCAAGCGUGUCGUUUUGUUUGUAGCAUGAUGAUGGUUUCAGGUCUGGACAUGUUGCUGGCUGCUUGUGUGUUUUGUGUACGUGAGCAUGGUUGCCUGUGUGUGUGUUUGCCAGACUUUUUACUCCACUCGUCCUGCUCUCGGAUGAAGCCCCUCCCUCUCCUGUCCGUCUCAACAUGAAUGUGUGCUCCAGUCCGCGUACUUGGACUCGCGCUCUGUUAAUGUACUACUGCUCUAAGUUAUAAGGCGGGGCCUGGUGUAGCUGCAGAGGUGCGUCCCUCAGCUAGCAGACAGGCUAGUUGUUUCGUGAUCUGUGGUGGCUCACAUGUUUUCUUUCUGUUGUAUGAACUCACUGGCUGGUCCGGGUUUCUGUCUCCAGUCGAGUCCAGUGUUACAAAACAAAAAUGAGAAAAAAUACAUAAAUAUUGACUUACUUUGAUAAUAUAUUGUUGUUAUACGAUCAUAAAUAUUGUUGGUAUAAUUAAUUCAGAAGUGUUUCACUGCUGCUAUUAUUGUUAGUGCUAAACAAUUAAAGCCUUAAAUGUACAUUUGUGAAUACUCUGUUUAACCGUCAUCCUGUUUCUUUAAAGUGACAGUAUCCUUUGUCUUUCCAGUUCAUAAUGUAGCAUACUUGAAAAGUAUACGCAGCUCGUGAGCCCGCAGCCGUCUCAAGCUGUCGACCUGUUUAGUAUUUUUAACGUUUAGUUCUGCUCUUUCUUUAGUAUAUAUACAAGGUUCCUGCACGGUUGUUGAAAAGUUUGAAAUUAGAUUUUUACAUUUACAGUUUGAGAUAUGUGUUUGAGUUCCUAGACUAUCAUAGGUAUUUCCAUUAUCUAAAAGAUAAAAAUCUGAAUAUCAGGAAAAAACAGGCUUUUUAUACCUUAGAAUUUCAGCAUAUUUAAGUAAAAUUCACAGAAUAAAUAGUAAAGGGCUAUUUCAAUGCCUUUUUGGUAACUGGCUCUGCAUGAUUUUAGAUAUUUAUAUAAUUGCAAUACUAAUAAUUGAACACUGUGAUAAUUGAAAUUACCUAUAUUUUCAGCACUUUUCUGUAAUCAUGAAAAGCCCACCACUCUUUAAGCUUUCCUGUAUAAGCACAGCAUGAGUUCUGCUACUUCAUUCAUUCAAUUUCUACAAGCAAGUAUAAGAUUAAAUUACAUGUAGGAUGAUACAAUUCAGAUUUGACCAGUGUAGAUGUUUUAGAUGUUAAGAGACCCAUUCAAUGUUGGUCCAGAAGCCAAACACUGAAUCUAACAGGUAACUAGGACGUACGUGGGUUGCACGUAUACUUCCAUGCUUUUUAAAGGUGGAAAGAUUUAUAUAUGUCCAGCAUUACUUCUUUCUUAAAAGUGCAAGAAAAGGUGAAGUUGCCACCUUUCUGCCAAUUGGUUGCCAGGGCUACAUUGCAUUUCUUACUAAAAUAAUUGUACCAGGUUCUUUUCACAGCAUUUUGGACCCUCUGCCCUCAAGGUCAGGGUUCUGUGGUUCCUAAGCUGGGCAGAAAAAACACAAGCUAAAUUAAAUCAUCUGAUUUAAUUUAGCUUGAAAUCCUUUGUAGAAUUGAAAGUAACAUUUGUAUUUAUAAAGUGCACUAAUGGUAAAAAUUUAAAAAACAACUGGAUUCUUAGUUGAUACAAUUUGUGUUGUUAGUGUACCUUUUUAUUUUUUUAUUGACUUGCUAAAACAUGUUUACCCAAAUGAUAUUUGGGGGUAAAAAGAACCUACAACCAGUAUCUCAGAGAUUGGGAAUUGAAUGUUUUUCACAAACUUUGAUUUAAAGAGAAGCACAAACUUGAUCCAGAAGCCCAAAAAACUUUGAGCAAGUCUUUUUCCCCUCUUUAAAAUCAACCAACUAGUUAGUGCUCCUUUAGUUCUCUUGUGACUAGAAAAAUGGCCAAACCAAAAAUUACUCUUUCAAUGAAUAAUAGAAGAAACCAUCUUUAAGCCAGCCUUAAGGCAGUGGGCAGCAACAUAUAUAGGCCUUAUGUUUCAGAGAUCAUGAAAAAGAGUUGAUCAAAGAUGACCCAGAAGCCAAAAAAGCAGCGAAAUAACCUUUUACCACUCUGCGAAAUUGGAAGCCAACCUCAGCGUUGCAUAAUAUAGAGAUAAUAUAAACUUAAAAAUAUGUAUAGUAGUAAUAAUAAGUAAAUGAUUUUUACUCAAUGUUCCAGAGCUUUUUCUUUAAAAAAAAAAAAGCUGAAAAAAAUGAGAAUCGUUGCCAGUGGGAACCUUGUGUAUAUUAACAGUAAUAAAGCAACCAAAAAUGCUUUUAAAGUUUUCGGUAAAAGACGAAUGCUUUCUGUUGAGCUUUGCCUUCUCGUUGCUCUGAAAAGAGGAGCGAGCGCCGAGGCUUUUCGUAGCGUAGACUCAUGGGUACGCUGGCCCCGCCCCACUGUCUACGGUAAAAAUCAGUAUUUGGGCCGACUGUAACAACUAACUCAGGAAUAAAUGCUGUCAAAACGCAGAGCGGACUCAUUAGCACAGACAGCAGCUCACCUGUGUACAGCGAAAAGUAACUGCUUCUUAGUCACAGACUUGCACAUUUUGUCUUUGUAUAAUUUUUCCAGUGUUCGCAGGAGCAGAAACAGCAGCUUUUUACUUCCAGGUACUCUGAAUUUAAAGGAUAUAGUCACACAAACAGCUUGUAGGUACAUUAACUUGAGGCUCUCCCAGUAUAUGAAGAAUGUUGUUUUUUUUAUUAUUAUUAUUUUCUGAUUGGGAGGAUGCCAAUUAGCCCCAGUUUGUCUUCACCUCUUCCGGUUGAUGCUGUGUGUUGACUGGAAGCUCUCUCUGCGCUGUCUCUAGUUCUGUUUCAUGUUUAUUUCCUAGUUGCCUUGAGAAACUUCUUGAAUGAUGGAUGGUGACGGACUGGGGAGAUCCGCAAUCCUCAACACUGUACCGAUGUUUCAAGACGGCGUCUCAUUAUGUAUUAUUAAUUAACCUUUAUUUUUGCACAGCAUACCGAUUUGUGCUUUGAUACUGUCACUCUAAAGAACAGCUUAUAUUGUAUACAGUUAAAGAAAAAUGUCAUUUUUCUGCAUUCCUGUGCAUUUUGUCCCAAAGGUUUUGUUUACUUGUUUGUUUUUCUUGACUUGUGCCAUAUGUUUAGAGAGAGAAAGAGAGAGAGAGAUCAUCACCAACGUCCUUACUUUUGUUUUUUAAAAGGCCUUGCUAUUCGAGGAGUGUUCGUGGGUCUCAAUCUGUAUCUGUUGGUCUUUGAAGGCAACAUAGUGCAGUAAUGCUCGCAUCGAUCUGUCCUCUGCCUCUUCAGCCGCAUCUAGCCUCAUCCCUCAAACGCUUCAGUGUCUUUUUUGCUCACUUUUUCCAGAUCAGUUCUCAGCCUCUGGAUGCUCCAGAUGCUCAGUGCUGUGCAAUUUCAAUAUUCAGCCAGGAGAGGGGGCUGUCGUUCUAAUUUCCCCCCCCCAAAAAAACCUCAGUAAAAGAAAAGGCAUUCAUGAUUUUUUUUAAUGGUUUUUAAAGCUCAUAUCAAUUUGAAAGUAUGCACAUUGCUGUUAAUAAAAGGUUAAGCAACA